AUGGCAAACACCGGCCUGGAGAUGUUUUCCUGGGAGCUCCGAGACCAGGAGCCGUCAGUGGCAUCCUGCACUCUCCACGGCAGCUCAGCCCUCCAUCAGACCCCUGCGUUCAUAAUGGUUCAAACCAACGAAACGGCAAUUCUGUACUGUGAGGCUAGAACCUUCCCUGCAAACACACGCAUCUACUGGCUGAGACAGCGCCGGGCCCCAAGCAAGGACAGCCACUACGAGUUCCUGGCCUUCUGGGAUCCUGGGAAAGGAACGGUCUAUGAUGAGGAGCUGAAACGGAAGCUCAUCGUGUCUCGGGAUUUGACCCGGACCCUUCUCAACCUCAUACGCGUGGAGCCUGCAGACAGCGGCUUCUACGUCUGCGCGACCAUCGGGAGCACCUUGCUGUCCUUCGGGAAGGGAACGCAGCUGGACGUGGUGGAUGUCCUUCCCACCACUGCCCAGCCCACCACGAAGUCCACCCCCAAGAAAAGAGUGUGCCGGAUCUCCAACCCAGUGACCCGUAAGGGCAUGCCUUGUGGUCCCCUCACCCUUGGCCUGCUGGUGGCCGGUAUGCUGGUUCUGCUGGUGUCCCUGGGUGUGGCCCUCCACCUAUACCGCCUGCGGAGGAGAGCGCGGCUUCGCUUCAUGAAACAGUUUUACAAAUGAGCAGAAAACACAUCGUGGUGUCCUGUUACAAAAGACAUUGGUCAGGAAGGAGCCAGACCUGGAAAUAUGGAAGAGAAGGGACUCAUGCAACCACGAAAACGUCACUCACCCGCUGAAGCUGCCUGCUUUUAACUGCUGCAAGUGCUUUCUGUGGGCCUCAGGAAGGGAGCCACCUGUUCCUCAUCACUGGAACCUUGGAGAGAAGGCGUCAGGGCCCUCAGGGCACUCUGCGGUGUGUGCCAUAGGAAAUGCCCACACCCCACUUCCGGUGCCUGUGCGCUCCUUGGCUGGACCCUCAGGUGGGGGCUGUCAGGUCACCGUCUCUGCCCACGGCUGUGCGAUGAUCGGGCGGGGACACUGGUUUGGGAUCACUCAUGGGAUGAUCCCGGAAUAUCUCCCCAUUGGUCUUCCUGGGCUAGAGCUGACAUUCCUCCCAGAAAGAGGCCAGACCCAGCUUGGGAAUGAGGCUUCCCGAGGGAUUGCCUGGCUCCCAGCAGCCAUGUUCAUCUCUGAGACCCUCGUUGGGGCUGGGAAUUGGUGGGGCUGCAAAUAGACGUUCCCUUCAUCCUCCGUUAAGAAGUGUGUCAGCUUUCACGUCUACUCUCCAUGGGGUGGAUAUUUCUUCUCUCACUUUCUGUUGUUUUUUAUGAGAAUGUCUUGGUUGUAAAAAUAAAGUUCUGGGUUAAAGCAGCA